AUGAAUAUUGAGAUCACAAACUUAUGUCCAGAAGUGCACAACAAAACACACAAUAACGAGCCCUUAAGCCAUUCGCCAUACGCUUUAAGUCCGGCCUACCAUUCAAUUGAUCCACAAUUGACCAAACAUUCACUUCUUGACGACAAGCGAUCGAUUCGAACGAUUCAUUUAUUAGGAAAGUCAUCGACAUAUCACCCAUUCGUGAUGGAUAUGACAUACGUUACCGAAAGGAUUAUUGCCCUCACAUUUCCCGACUCGGGAACGAGUGGCACAUAUCGGGCCAAUUUGAAAGACGUGGUGCAGAUGUUGCGCACCAAACACAAGAGCAAAUACAUGGUGUUUAAUCUAAGCGAACGGCGCCACGAUUUGAACAAGCUCAAUCCAAAUAUAAUGGAGUUCGGUUGGCACCACAAUCUGGCCCCACCUCUGGAGCGUCUGUGCGCUAUUUGCAAAGCCAUCGACUCGUGGCUCACGUGUGACGGACAACACGUGGCGGUCAUCCACUCGAAGGGCGACAACGGCCGGACCGGUGUUGUGAUCGCGGCUUUUAUGCACUACACAGAUAUCUGUGCCACCGCUGACCAGGCGCUCGACCGGUUUGCUAUGAAACGAUUUUACGAUGAUAAAUUGGAUCAAUACAUGCAACCAUCACAGAAAAGAUAUAUACAAUACUUUUCUGGACUACUUUCUGGUGGAAUCAAAAUGAAUAACAGCCCACUAUUUCUUCACCACAUUAUCAUUCAUGGGAUACCAAACUAUGACCAAAGAGGCGGCUGUCGGCCAUUCCUCAAGAUAUACCAAGGAAUGCAAACCAUACACAGGACUGGCAUUUAUUCUUCCGACAGUCGAACGAAACGGAUAUUUAUUUUAUUGAAUCCGAGUCUUCAGAUGAGAGGCGAUAUACUAAUCAAUGAUGCCAUUACUCCCGUCAUCGAUGAGGCCCUUCACGACUCAAUUGUCAAAUGGGAUUCCUAUGAGAACUUUGAUUUGGCGCCCGAAGACAAACCCGACCCACUAUUGGACGCGUUCGCCGCCGAACUCAACAAUCCGUCCCACACUUACGGCCCAAUCGAUGGCAGCCUUUACGCCACUGUUGCCAAACCUCCGGUCAGUAAGAAAUCUCCGGUCACUUUCUCGCUGCCGAGUAAUGGCGGCUCCGCUGACAACGCCAGCGAUGACGGCCCGCACACAGUCAGCAUAGACUCCGGCAUAUCGUCCACCGUUUCGGGUAAUCCUCAUCAUCACAAUCCCGGACACGGAGGCCAUACGAACGGCGGCGGUUCCAGUGGAUACCCCUCUCCUAUCAAUGUUGUUGAGGUGGAAGUUCAUCACCAGAACGGCGACGACAGACAUCAUAACAGGCCCUCCACUCAAGAGCAGCAGGAUUUGGAUGAGUUAUUGAGCGGAAUGCUGGAGCAGAUACAGUCGUUUCCAGACCAUCCGAGUGCCACCACUGGACGCAAAACCAGUUCAGUCACGAGUCAGGACUCGUCGCCCAGCGCUCAUCAAUACUCGUCGAUAUCACGUACGCCGACCGCCACUACUCCCAGCGUUAGGCAAAGCGAUUAUAUGUCACCGAAAGCUCUGUUCAUGAAUGGCGGGAACCCAAGCGGUGGCCAAACCACUAGUCCAGACGUAAUCCAAACCCGAUUCCUGACGAAACCCAUAUCGCAAAGCAGUUCGGACGACAAGAAGCCGUAUCGGACACCGCCGGGCAGUCAGCCCUUUUCGUACGGCGUGACCGCCAACUCGCCGGCCCUUCAACGCCGUCGAGUGUUCUCCGAAUCGACCGCUUAUGUGACCGAAAAUUUAGUGCCAAAAGCGGUGGCCGACGACCGCGACAUACGGCCAGACAUUGACGACGUGUUCAGCGAUUACGCCUCGUCUUCAUAUCAGGAGACGUACAGCGAAGACGGGACUCCUCUCACUUGGCUUCAGAGGCAACAAAUGAAGCUUAAGAACAAACACGAGGGACAGGGUAUGCGCGAACGGCACUGGAAAGAGCAGCGCCUGAUGCAAGAGCUGAAGAGUGUGGCCAAACGGAUCCCAUCGCAAGACUCGUCAUCUAGAGAGUCAUCGCCACCCUAUUCACAGCCCCUACACAUCAACACUAAUGGCAAGUCGUCGACCGCUUACAGGGCCAGCACUCCCACAUCACCCCAAAUCCCGGAGCGAACGUCCAGUAAAAAUGUGUGGCAAACACCCGAACGUCCGCUUCAGCGCCAAAAGUCUGACAACUCGUACGACAGGGAGCGGCCGUUUGUGGCCGUCCAGAGGGCACACCAGACGGCCCAACACCAUAUGUCGGGCGAUGACUCCGCGCGGCCAACACCGCAACAAAUAGCCGCCUCGUCGUCGCUCUACGGAACUGUCUAUCCUUAUAGUCAACAUCACGUCUAUAUGCCUAACGCCAGGGAUGGCCUCCUUAUGCAGACACAGGCUGUCGAUGAAGUGGAUUCUGUGCGACCCAAACACUCUACUCCUUCCUAUAAAAGCGCUACCGUUGAAGCACCGACUUCUUGGUCGCCGUCAUUUGUAAGUAGUAGUAGUCCUAACUCUGACCGACCGGAGACCCCAGGAUUCCCUAUAAUUCCGGGCACACCGUAUGUCAACCAAUCACUCAACAGAAGUCCACCACUAUUUAGGAAGGGAACUCAAAGCCCCCAAUAUAUGAAUGGACAAAACCAGAGCAGAGACUCUCAGCCCGAAUCGCCCGCGGGUUCUGUAUAUUACGGUCAGUCCCAGAGGUCGAGCCUAUUAUCCCUCAACGAGUCGGAGGUCAUAACACAGGCCCCGAUAUUCAUUAGAGACACUUCCAGUUAUUGGUAUAAACCAAACAUAUCUCGCGAAGAAGCUAUAAAUAUACUGCGAGACAAACAGAGCGGCACUUUCAUAGUACGGGACAGUCACUCAUUUCCGGGUGCUUUUGGAUUGGCGCUCAAAGUCGCUACACCGCCGCCUAAUGUCCAAACGAAAACAGGUGACAUAUCCAGCGAAUUAGUCCGUCAUUUCCUCAUUGAACCCACGCCUAAAGGGGUUAGACUUAAGGGCUGUCCCAAUGAACCGACGUUUGGCAGUCUGUCUGCGCUCGUAUAUCAACACUCAGUUACACCGAUGGCUCUCCCGUGCAAACUAAUUAUACCGGAUUCGGAUCCGUCCGGUGAGCCAACUGUGGACUCAAUCAUAAGCAGUUUGGGAACGGAAUCGCCGGCCAAUAUCCUAUCAGAAGGCGCCGCAUGUAAUGUACUGUAUUUGGUUACUGUGGACAUGGAAUCGUUGACAGGACCUCAAGCACUGCGAAAAGCCAUUAAAGAAUUGAUGGCAAUGAGACCCCAACCCAUGCCUACUGUUGUUCACUUCAAAGUGUCCAAUAAAGGGGUCACUCUUACGGACAACAAUCACAGACUAUUCUUCCGACGCCACUAUCCGUUGAUAUCGAUUAGUUUCUGUGGAAUAGAUCCCGAUUGUAGGCAAUGGAAGCAUCAGUUCGAGGGAAUCCCUGUGCCAUCCGUAUAUGCUUUGGAUUCGUUGCGCGUAAAACGGGCAGCAAAACUGACAACCAGUGCCACGUGUUCGCCGAGUUCGACGCCGACCAACCGGCCUCUGCUAUCUAUAUGCUUUGGAUUCGUUGCGCGUAAAACGGGCAGCAAAACUGACAACCAGUGCCACGUGUUCGCCGAGUUCGACGCCGACCAACCGGCCUCUGCUAUCGUUAACUUUGUAAACAAAGUUAUGGCAACCAAUCCAUCCCUACAACAGACCAGAUCUAACUUAUUGUAAACAUAGAGACAAACACUAUAUAUAUAGAGAUAUGUAUUGAGAACGAAAUGAAUGCACAGAAUCUCUCGGAGGUAUACCUCAUGUGAACAAAACGGCCGAAACCGGAACCGCCCUUCGGAGUGCAGCUGUCGGAGUGUUAUCGGGUGCUAAACAGCACCCAAUGAUCCAUACGAUUAAUAUAUUGAUAUUAUUUCUCUCUUUUUUUGUUAUUCACUAUAUUUUGUGUAUAAAAGAAUUCAUACAAACAUAAAAGUGCCU